UUAUCAGGAUCAAUUGGAUGGUCUGACUAGAGGUCGUGAAUAUGUGGAUAAAGUAUUGUAUGAAUACGUGAAUAGUAUUCAACACUUAAUGCCAAACAUCGCGACCAAUGCUAUACUCAAUACAAACCGAGAGCUCUAUAACAGAGAGUGUUAUCGAAAAAUGGUCGACACUUUCAAUGAGAAGUGUUUCAAUUUGUCAAAAAUGAUUGGGAAAGUGCUGUCAAACAACUGGACAGCCAUUGCCCUCAACAUAUCGGCCGUCAAUUUGACCGCGAAUUUGAAU